CCCAAGUAUCCCUUCUCAGCAUUUGAGCCAGAGGAUCAUUUGUUUGGAAGGCAUCUGAGUCAUGUCAGGUAUGAGGAUUUGGCCAGUGGUCAGGUGAAGCACGUGGGAAUAAGAGUGCUAGAUUCUGCUUCCAGAACCACUGCCUCCUGACUGGAAGGCCAUUGAAUCUCCAUGCCUCAGUUUCCCUCCAGGAAGAAUUAUUCCCACCUGUCACUACAGAUGAGUGCAGUUGGGCUUAGGGCUCCUGGGAAAGCCUAAUGCUGGGGACUGUCUUGGAGGGGGCUUGAGACAUGGAGGAAACAGAUAUUCUAGCUGCUCUCUGGCUCCUGCUGCCUCAGAACCCACAAACUGCCCUGAUUGGCCCAGCAUCUCAGACAUGCCUGGACUAGGGCUUUGGAGCCCAUGACACUAGCUUUGAGGACUUGCUGGUUUCCCAUGCUGCAGCCUCCAGCUUUUGAGGUCUUACUUGCCCUGAAUUCUUCCCACAUUCCCCCAAUUACAGUGGAGCCCUCAGCUCUCCAGCUGGAACACUAAUGGUCCACUGAUACAUUAUGCUGCUUACUCAGGGACCUUUCUUCCCUCGAAACCAGGACCACAUCAUCCUCUACUCCUACCUCCACCCCCAACUUAGAACUUGGAAAUCACUUUCAUGAAGAAAGUGUCCCCUCUUGACAGUGUAGGCAGCUGGCCGCCUGGGCAGUACCUGGAUGAAUCAAGCACCUUGCAGCCUCAGCGCAGCAGCUCCAGCUGGCAGUGUCACCUCCGCCCAGUUUAUUCCACUUCUGCCAAGACUCUGAAAUGCCAACUAUGUCGAGGCCUGCACUGGACGUCAAGGGUGGCACCUCCCCUGUGAAGGAGGAUGCCAACCAGGAGAUGAACACUCUGGCCUACUCUAACCUAGGGGUGAAAGAUCGAAAAGCAGUGGCCAUCCUGCACUACCCUGGGGUGGCCUCAAAUGGAACCAAGGCUAGCGGGGUUUCCACUAGCUCCUCAGGAUCUCCAUCUCCAAUUAGCUCUCCUACUGCCACCCCUCCCACUAAGCCCCCACCCUUCAACCUGCACCCUGCCCCUCACCUGCUGGCCAGUAUGCAGCUGCAGAAACUUAAUAGCCAGUAUCAUGGGAUGGCCGCUGCCACUCCCAGCCAACCAGGGGAGGCUGGGCCCCUGCAAAACUGGGGUUUUGGGGCUCAGGUGGGAGGAGUGGGGACCCUUUCUCCUACUGGUGCCCAGAGCCCUGCUAUAAUCGAUUCAGAUCCAGUGGAUGAGGAAGUGCUGAUGUCGCUGGUGGUGGAACUGGGACUGGACCGAGCCAAUGAGCUUCCGGAGCUGUGGCUGGGGCAGAAUGAGUUUGACUUCACUGCGGACUUUCCCUCUGGCUGCUGAUGCCAAGUAUCCCUAAAGAUGGAGGAAUAAAGCCACCAAUUCUGUUGUAAAUAAAAAUAAAAGUUACUUGCAAAGAGA